AAGUUUUUUGCCUAGAGGUGUACCGGAUCAGGAUUUUCAGAAUCCGGCCGGAACCGGAUUUACCGGAUCUCUUCAAAGAAUCCGGCAGGAUUAUCCGGAUUUUACCGGAUUUUUAUGUAAUAGAGAAGUUUCUUUGCAAGAAAAUUGGUGAUGAUGAUGUAUGUGACGAUGACGUACCACUGGAAGCCAGUUAGGAAAAGAAAAAGGACGCUGGGGGUCCCACAUUUAUAUCAAACCUCUAAGAUUUCUGGACAUAAAACCGCUUUUAAACUCAUUUAUAAUUCAUGCCCCUGCAUUAUUCACCACUUAUGAUUAAGAUGGUUAUUUGACUGCUGCCACCUUUUCUCUAAAAAUUGUAGCAUGGGUACAUCGCUGGUACAGUUUAGACAAGACUCUGGGAGGGAAACCUUUUCCAAUGCCUUUAAUUUGGAAACACCGUAUCAGUCGUUUCUUUUUUCACAGUUGGUGCUAUUUUGACUUAUCAGAUAAUUUGUAACAAGUCUGUAACAGCCAUUUUGAGAUUUACAUUCCAAGCCUUGAGACUUCUAAGAUAGGACGACAUUUGCCACUGAGGUGUAAACAGCUCUAAAUCCUAUACUGUAAAUUCUUAGCACUAAACUCUUUUUUGCGCUCUGAAAUUUUCCAAUUUGUUUGUACUUGUUUCCUAUUCAUCGUGAUCACUAAGGUCAUGCGCUUUGAACAAGGCGACUAGUGUUUCUCCGUAAACAAACAAUUGAUGCUCAUUCAACCGUGAUAACUCGUUCCAUCGGAGUUAUCUUUGCUUUCCCGAACAGUAAUAGCAAAUAAUUGAGAGAAAUAUUUAGUUUUUUUGGUUCAAUUUAAUCUAAAAAUGGCCGUUAGGCCGUAUACAGUGUUUUUUGCCAUACUAUUCCUAAACGUUAUUUUUACUUCGCUUGGUAAACACGUAAUCGUCAAGCGAGAGUUGAUACCAGAUGAUGAACUUGAUUCGGAUGAAACAUUACUUGCGAAUACAAUUGAUAAACGCCUAGAGAAGAGAAAUGUCUUGUCGGAUGCUUCGCAGACCAGAGUAGUGUCGCCUGGGAAAAUAAUUGACGAAGAAGCCGAGGAUAAUGGCGACCCGGACGGAAAUGAUGAUGGCAGUUCAGAUGUAUCGGGUUCAGGAUACCAGAGAGAUAAUGUAGAUGAUGGAAGUGGAGCGAAUGAAUCGGAUUCGAAAGAAAGUGAAUCCGAAGAAUCUGAGAAUUCGGAUGUUGUUGAAAACUCAGAAUCUGAUGCUGUUGCUCCGGAGGAAGCAGCUGAUGGCGCUAGGGAAACGAAACGACAAUUCAUCGCUCACCCUCAUUCCCGUUAUUACUCGCAUCCUGGAUAUGUUUACCUUAAGGCACCUCCUAUUCGACAAAAAACGAUUGUGACGACUCGCAUCCCGAGACCUCCAAUCAUGAUGUCGUACAGACAGUUUUUGAACAGACUAGCCCGCCAAAGAGCACAUGGCGGAUACAAUUCGCAUUACCAUUUGGACGACGUGGAUGAUGAUGAUUAUGCAGAACACGACCACGAACACGAGGAAGGCCACUGUGAAAGUGACCCCUGCAUGAACGGAGGCACCUGCAACGAAGUGAGAGAUGGCUAUGAGUGUAUAUGCCCGAGUGGAUACAAAGGCAGUGACUGCGAAGAGGAAGAUCGUUGUCAUCCCAAUCCAUGCCAUAACAAUGGAGUUUGUACUGAAGCUAACGGGCAGUACGUCUGCACUUGUCCACAAGGGUUCAAGGGACUGAAUUGCCAAGAGCUAAACAAAUGCCAGCCAAACCCAUGUCAUAAUGGAGCUACUUGCAAUGAAGUAAACAACGAUUACGAAUGCGUUUGCACUGCCGAGUACACGGGCAGGGACUGUUCAGGAGUCAACCAUUGUCACAUGACCCCAUGCUUAAACGGAGGUGUAUGUUCAUCAAGUAGUGGCAUCGGCUUCUCAAGUCUCGUGUCAUGUAUGUGCCCCCCUGGAUUCACAGGGCAGAGAUGUGAAUUCCAAGACAAAUGUCGGUACACUCAGUGCAAGAAUGGUGGGGCAUGCAGGGAAGGACAUUGUAACUGCAUCAAUAACUAUAGUGGAGAAUUUUGUGAAGUGCCUCCAUCGCCUUGCUCAGUUUCUCCUUGUCUUAACGCUGGCACAUGUAUGGUUAAAUCACUCACAGAAUACCGAUGUGUUUGUCGUCAUGGAUACAGGGGAAGCAAUUGUGAAAUGGAAACACAGUGCUCUCCAAACCCAUGUCUUAAUUCUGCUCAGUGCGUAGAUUCUGAUGAUGGAUAUAAAUGCGAAUGUGCGCAUGGUUUCAAAGGUCAUCAUUGCGAAGACGAAGCUUCACUCUGUGAUGCAAAUCCUUGCUUAAACGAAGGAACUUGUUUGAACGAAAUAACCAAAUUCAAGUGUCUCUGCAAAUCAGGUUAUAGAGGAGAACAUUGUGAAGAUAUUGAUCAUUGCCACGACCAUCCUUGCAAAAAUAGUGGAUUCUGCAUUUCAGAAGGAGAUGACUUCAAAUGCAAAUGUCUCGAUGGAUACAGAGGCCUUCUAUGCGAGGAGCAAGACCGCUGUGCAGCAAGCCCUUGCCUCAACGCUGGAACAUGCUUUGAAAACCUAGCUGACGUCAUGUGUACAUGCGCUCCUGGGUUCAGAGGAAGGCUUUGUGAAGAGAGAGACCCUUGCCAUCCCAAUCCUUGCCAUCAUGAUGGACUUUGUUUGGCAGAUGGAGAGGACUACCGCUGUACCUGUAAUGGCGGUUGGAUAGGCCAUCUUUGUGAAGAUGAAGACAGAUGCCACCCCAACCCAUGCUUGCACGGUGGUGUUUGUGUCUCGGGUGGAGAAGCCUCUUACCAAUGCCACUGCCCAAGUGGGUACGCAGGUACCAUGUGCGAAGUUGCAAAUGGAAUCUCUUCGAGCUAUCACGAGCCAAGUCACUUAACGAUUGCAUGUAGAGAUACGCAUUAUGGAUGCUGUCCGGAUGGUGAAACGGCUGCAGUUGGACCUAAUGGCUCAGGAUGCCCUGCUUUUAUGCAUCCAUGAUGAACUGAAUCAAAACUUGAUUUGAAUGGUAAUUUCGCCAAUUUUAGGUAAUCAUGCUUGCUCUUUAUAAGAGAUUAACAUGUUCAUCAAGAUGGUGGAGAGGAGAACAUAGUUCUUAAACAAUUGUCCCCUGUUAUUGACAGUUCUGUUAACAUAUUGACAAGCACUAAAUCAAAAUACCAAAUACAACUAUCUAUAAUGGAAUCUUGUAAGGUAUAAUUUUGUAACCCCUAUAUUUUUGUACCCCAACUAACAGCCGAAAGUUCAGGAAUUCUUUGUAACAUAACCGUAUUUUAUUUUGUUUCUUGUUAGAUAAAAGUUACAUUUUCAUGCAGCCAGCUUCAACUAACUAGACAUACGUUGGUGAAUUUGAAAUUUCAUUUUUAUCAAUGAAUUGAUUAAGAUAGCAAUAUGGAAUCAAACUGCCAUUUUUGUAAAUGAAGGUUCUCCUUCUUGUAAAUGUUUUUGCACCUAAAUAUUAUCCCCAAACAUUAAAAAAGUUUGCCCUAACUUAAGUCGCAGUUUCAUAUUCUGGGCAUUAUAAUUUUCAACACUUUCAUAAUGGUGUCCCAGAAAUUAUCAAACAUUUUGGUACUUAAUUUUUAGCGCUGAAUUUUAAUUAUUCAUAGUGGGUCUCUCAUUCUAAUUGUAGUAAUAUCAAUGUGAAUUA